AUGGCGGAUUCGCGAGGAACAGCUUCCAAGAGCGCUGACAAGGAUAGCACCUCCACGCGCCCGGCGCGCAUCCGCGUCAUGCGCCCGGAAGUCAAGGAAUUUCUGACGAGUCCUCGCCGUAGCCGCCCCAAGAAGCAGCCUCCUUCACCUCCGCCUUCUCCUCCUCCCCCGCCGCCACGGAAGGAGAAGGUGAAGGAGAGGAAGAAGAAGGAAAAGGAGAAGGCAGCGACGGGGGAAGAGAAAUUCGAGCGCGCGCAAUACAACUGCGCCUUCCAGGACGAGGACGAGGAGGGCCGCGACUUCGCGCCGCCGGAGCUGGCUGGGCUGGAGGUUCAAAACUCUGGUGUCCGGCAAGGGGCGUAUGGUGCGGCGGUAGACUCUGUCUACACAAGGGAUGCCUUCCAUGGCAAAACAUUUCUUGACUACAUCUCAGCAAUGGGAAAGAAACCACUGGCCGGUGCUGAUCUUCUUGACCUUGCCACCGCCAAAGCACAGCUGAGGGCGUUCAAUCGCUCAAGGGGUUCAAGGGACCUCCCUGAGUUUGUGAUGUUUGAGGGUAUUUAG